AUUCUUCUGCACUCAACUUCUGGCCCUUGAAUUGAUUCUCAUCUCACGGCCUUCAAGCAUCCAGCGUGAGUGGCUCUGCUCAUGCGCGGUUCAUUUUAAUUCUAAACCUACCUCCCUCCGAUCCGCAUAGAUCGCUUCCACCGCAGCUUGCCUCCUCCCAAUUACCCUCACCAUGUCUGACGACGAUGAUUUCAUGCAGGAGUCGGAUCCUGAGCAAUAUGAUUUCGAGUACGAAGACGAUGAUGAUGGCUCCACGGGUGAUGUCGACAUCGAAAACAAAUACUACCAAGCCAAACAAUUAAAAGCCGAUGAUCCCUCCGCUGCGGUCGAUGAGUUCCUCGGUGUCCCCGCCCUCGAAGAGACGAAGGGAGAUUGGGGCUUCAAGGGCCUCAAACAAGCCAUCAAACUGGAGUUCUCUCUUGGCCGAUUUGAAGAUGCCGUUGCACAUUACAAAGAGCUGCUCACCUAUGUCAAGUCUGCAGUGACGAGAAACUAUUCGGAAAAGUCCAUCAACAAUAUGCUCGACUACAUUGAAAAGGUGGCCACCGAACAGACGGCGUACAAGUGCAUGGAGGAAUUCUACAGUCUCACGUUGGAGACAUUCCAGAGCACCAACAACGAGCGGCUGGCACUCAAGACCAAUGUCAAACUUGCAAAGCUCUACCUUGACAAGAAGGACUACACCUCGUUGACGUCCAAAGUGCGAGAAAUUCACAAGGCAUGCCAAAAAGAGGAUGGCUCUGAUGACCCGGGCAAAGGCACGUACUCCCUAGAGGCAUAUGCCCUUGAGAUACAAAUGUACGCCGAGAUGAAGAACAACAAACGCUUGAAAUCUCUGUACCAAAAGGCCCUGACCGUCCGGUCGGCCGUCCCUCACCCUAAAGUCCAAGGCAUCAUCCGUGAGUGUGGAGGCAAGAUGCACAUGAGCGAAGAAAAUUGGAAGGAGGCACAGUCGGACUUCUUCGAGUCGUUCAAGAAUUAUGACGAGGCAGGCAGUAUGCAGCGGAUCCAGGUUUUGAAAUAUCUGGUGCUCACCACAAUGCUGAUGAAAUCGACCAUCAACCCCUUUGACAGCCAAGAAACCAAACCUUACAAGAAUGACCCGCGCAUCUCAGCCAUGACGAACUUGGUCGAAGCCUACCAGCGGGAUGAAUUCCACCGGUACGAGUCCAUCUUGAAAGACAAUCAAGACCUCCUCGCGGAUCCGUUCAUUGCCGAAAACAUUGACGAGGUUAGCCGCAACAUGCGUUCUACCGCAGUUCUCAAACUCGUGGCACCAUACACGCGCUUCACCUUGAAAUUCAUUUCCAAACAUGUCAAGAUCCCCGUCUCGGAGGUGGAGGACAUCCUUGGUGUGCUAAUCGUGGACAAGAAAUUGGACGCCAGCAUCGACCAGGAGAAUGGAACAGUCAAAGUCAACAAAUCGAACACGAGUGGCAACAGUGACGGUGGAGACAGGGAACAUCUCCAACGGCUCAAUGAAUGGACAACAGCGGUGGAAGCGCUGUGGACCACGGUCCUGCAAGAUGGCGAAGGAUUCAAGUUUGAGGAGACGCAGAGUGGAUCCAAUUUUGCCCCCUUGAUGAACUUCAACCUUGGUGGAGAUGCAAUUCCUACUCGAGGGCCAGUACGUCGGGGCGGGCAUGCGAGCUUUCGAGGUGGUGGACGGGGAGGCGGCAUAGGUGGAUUGGGUGCUGCGGCUGGUGGUAGUAAACUAUUUCCUCAAGUUUGAAACUCGACAAUGCCUCCGGAGCUUUACGCCAGGAGGGCGUGCAUCUUGCUAGCGAAGGCGUCUGUCACACAAGCGAGGGUCACACAGAGGACAGAUGGUACCUGAUUGCUUGUCAACCAUCGUGUUUGUUGCACCUUGCACCUUGCAACUGCCUACUACCGGCAAUCCAGCUGUCAAUAUCGAGCAGCGAUCAUCAAAAGCCGGUCCUGGGGUUGGUUCACGUGAAUACAUUUGACGUCAAUUUGCAAGUUGGGGAUGGAUGCUUUCGCUGAGCCCUGAGGAUGUAUGGUACGCACUCGCUCGUGUUCCAGCUUUCGAGACUCGGAGCAGGAUCGUGUUUGAGGAGAUUGUUGCGCAUGCAACAAUGAUUGAUUGGGGGAGCAUUUACACGAGGCCUCUCGGCCCAGCCGGCAUGCUUCCAACUUCUCAGCAGAUCAUUUUGAUCGCGAUCCUGUGCAUUGUUAGUCUGUUUGUGGCACUGCGAUGGCCCGGCUUGGAAGUGACGGGCAAGUGAGCAAGCGUUGGAUCUGUUACAUGCUAGGACCUCGGAUCCAGACUGCUGGGACGAGAUGACGAAUCAGCCCCAGGCCUAGCCCCAGACCUGGUAGGUGAAUGAGCAGGCGAAGAUAAGACAAAGGUUGCAGUUGAAGCGGUUGCUGGAUUUGGGGUCCACACGGGCAUCAGGGGUAGUGAACUUGAUCGUUCCCAAGGUUGGUAGUUGCAACUGAGCAUCGCAAAUGGCUGAAAUGGCUGAGAGAGGAGACGUUGGCACGUUGGCCUUUGCUAGCGACCCUGGGGUGGUCUGAGAGUGUGAGGCCGAUUGAGGAUGAGCGAAGUCCAAGUCUAGAGAUGGUUGCCACUUUUGACGACCGAGAAAGCUGUCACAAACCGUUGUGUCCUCCUCUUUCCGGCUUGAGUUCUCCCGAGCCCUGUAGAUGAUCCAUGUCGCUUACCCAAUUCAUGCCCCUGCCCGGAC